UUCGGGGUUUGGAUAACGCGAUGGAAGGAAGAAAGGAAGGAAAAAACCAGAAGCGAAGCUCAAAACCACACAGAAAUGGCGACUAUGUUCAAUAUUACUGCAAUCACAUCACCAUCUCUGCGAAAUUGGGGUUCCCUUUCUUCUUCUUCUUCAUCUUCAGCUCCCAUGCACACCCGUGUAGUUCACACGAAGCCACUUCAGUGUGCCCCUAUUCAGCAACAAAUGGUUGAUGGCACCAUAAUGUGUGAGCCUUGCAAUGGGAAAGGGUGGUUGUUAUGUGACUUCUGCAAAGGCCAAAAGACAAAUGUCAGAGCUGAAAACAAGCGCCUCUACCGUAGAUGCCCUACCUGCAGAGCUGUUGGAUAUAUCUUGUGCUCAAGGUGCAAGGUCUUUAAGUGUGUCACUUUUCCGAACUUCGACGACAGCGAGGAAUGAAAUGAUUUGGGGACUUACUUUGAGAGCAUUCAAUUCCAACUACUUGUUGGAGAGUUAAAGGAAUAGAAGGUUGAAUCUUUCUUUGACAUUUCUCAUGAUUGUGUCUGAAUAUGAUAUGAUUGAAAAUGCAAUUUUCAUUUCUUUUCAUUCCUGGUGUUAUCACUUGAAGACUUUAGUUUCUGUUUAUUUCUUUUCAUACUCAACUUUCUUUAUCACUAGCUGAGGUUCAUAGUAAUAAUACAAAAGAGUGUUUCUCUGUUCAAUUCUUUAAGCACACUAUUUGCAAUGAAUCCAAUUAAUCUCUGUCACUCUAACGCCAUCCCCGCCUUCUCAGUUUAUUGUUUAAUGCUGUGAAAUGCUUAGUCAGUUAGUCGAUCUUUCCUGUGACAAAUAACAAAUAUUAUAUCCGUGUCAAAAUAACUAUCAAUUUGGACAAAGUGUUACUGGAUUAUCCAAAUACAUUUAUUUCCCUCUGUUUUGGAGUAACAGUCAAUUUGGACAAAGUGGUAUGUUAAAAUAAAUUUAUCAGAAGUCCAAUGUAUUUAGAUAAUAGAUAAUACAGGUAGAUUGAUUUUUAACAUAUCACUUCAUUCAAAUUAAUUAUGUUUAAACAGAAAGAAUUUAGAUAAAAAGGAACAUUGUUUGAAUGCCAUCAUUAACCUGACCACUAUUGCUUCCAAGUAGAACUUAUUUGGGAUUUUUCUUUCCUAGUUGACUGAUUGCACAUGGACCCAAAUAUAGAUAUGAUAUGUGUGCUUGAAUUUGGAUCUAAGGAUAGCUAUUUGACUUCUCUGAUACUGACAUCUGUGCCUUGUUUGACUGGAAUCUAUUUCAUCUUAAAUGAAAUGUGAUUUUACAGUUUAUUGAGAAACUAAAUUGCCAGUAAUCUUUAUUGUACAUUUAUACCUUGCUGCUGAAUUGAUGAAUGUAUAGUACAUAUAAUUAUUCCUCUGUAUUGUUUGGGCAUGUGCUAUAAUGUUACAGGUCACAUAACUUUUGUUGAAUUUAAUAGUAGUUUAAGUCCCUAGCUUAGAUCAUAUAUACCACGUAUAAUGAGAGCUGAAUUUGCAAGCUUUAAUGUUUACAUGUCUGUUUAACUGCUGAAAAUGAAUGCUCCCAUGUGAACUAUGUAGUGUAAGUUUUAGAAGUAUAAUCUGGUCAUAUGGACAUAAAUCGUUUAAUGUGUCAAUUGGCGCUAACGAUUCACGUGCAAAUAAGUAGAGAACUCACAUACCUUAGUAGAGAAUUUGGUGAUACAUGAAUAUUUAGUGUCAAUGGUCACCCGAUUCUAGUGGUGUAUGUGAAUUCUCCACUCAUUUGCACAAUCUCUAGUGUCAAUUGACCCCUCAAAUAACUAUGUACAAAUAACAUCUCUAUUAGAAACACUAGAUAGACAUGACUCUAAGGCGAGCAAGUGCAAUUUAACAUUGUUAAACAUGAUUCCAUCAUUGGAAUAGUUGUUUGCCUAUUUCUGUUCUGGAAGUGUUGGAACUUUUGAUCUCCAGCUCUCAGAUUUCAAAGGAUACUUGAAUGUCUCUUCUUUUAUCUGUUCCUUCAUCAUUAUUGUUCAAUAAUUGUGUCCUUUACAACCUUUUGACUCCUUUUUCUUUUGAAAAGUUGGUAGUGAAUUCAAUUUAAAAAGAAUAGUUAUUUCCAAGUUCUAUAAUCUGUAUAUGAUACUGCAUGUGUAUGAUUAAGGUCUUGCAUGUAAUGCAAGACUUUCUUGAUAGUAGGAUGUUAUAUGAUUUGAACUGUUAAAUAUGAAAAACUUUCAACUCUAGAUCAUUCUAGAAUUAUAUAUGAUUAAGAGUAGCACUUCUAUAAAACAA